UUCAAGAUGGAUUGUCAAAAGAACAAGUAUAACAUCAGUGUUGUAAUAAAACCUAGAAUAGGACCAAUUCCUGAAAGUGUCCAUCGACUACCUGAUAUCGAAGGUUUAACGCAGGAUGAGAUGAAUAGAAAAUCAACUUCUGAUAGAAGAAAACGGCGCAUAGCUCACGUGCCAAAGUACCCACCGAUCAUAAAAAAGCCAGUUAUUCCGCUUUCCGAGGAACCAAAAAAAAAGAAUGCCACUAAAAAAUCAGUUAAACCAGCUGUACCGAAGGAGACAAAGAAAAAAGAAAUAAUACUAGCCAGUUCAGAACUGAAUAAAUAUAUGGCCCAACCUAUAAAAGUGAGAACAAUACCAACAGUCGAUGUCCCUUGGGCAUACCAGGGACCAUCGAACUCCAGAGAUAAUCCUCUAUUUUUGUAUGUUCACAAUCAUUAA